AUGGAUGGGACGCCCCGGGUCGCAAAGUCUUCUGGGUUGCCCUGCAUGAUUUAUCAAGCCACCGUGUUGCCCGAUUCCGGGUCGGAUUUGAGCGAGAACCAGGUGGUGAAUGUGGACAAGGGAACGUUCCGGAAUUUGACGCGGCUCACCGAGCUGAAUUUGGCGCGGAACUCCCUGCGCAGCCUCGGCAAGAAUUUCUUCAUCAACGCUUCCAGACACCUGCAGCGUUUGUGA